UAUGCACAGACACAAAGAAAACUUGUAUGUUUUCAGAAAAUAAGAAGAACCUGGAAAAAACAUUGCAGUCUGUAAAAGCAAUAUGGAAAUCUGAACUCAAACUGUUGGACAUGAAUAUGAACAGUUUUUCUGAAAUCUAUAAACUGAAAAUGGCAAUUGCUGAAAAGAAAAGAUCAGAGAGCCAUCCAGAGUGGAUAGAAAAGCAGAGGAUGCUAUCAGCAAAGGAGGAAAAUGUGAAGCAGGCUGAAGAAAUACAGAACUACAAGAGAAGACUGAACGAACUUGAGGUUCAGCAGCAGCAGCAAGCCCAGACCUUCAAACAGGAGGCUGCUGUUCAGAAACAGAAGGCUCAUAACAUGAAGCGCAAGGCUCACGCUUUGGAGAAGCAGUUGACGGUACAGAGAAGAGAGACUGCACACUUAAGACACAGAUUGGAAAUACUACAUGUACAAAUGCGGGAAGAGAAAUACAGGCACCAGAAGCCAGUCUCAGUGGAACACACCUGGGAGAACUCUCCGAGAGCAGAUUCAGGAACUUGGGCAAGCAGUAUGAAGAAUAUUGGCUCAUUCCCUGCAGAGGACACUAGGAAAGGAAAGGUCAACAUGGCUACAGGAGGGCCUCCUCCUUUCCCAAAGUCAUCUGGCACGGCCUACUACAUGGGUGGCACCAGAUCAUUCAUGUGCUAUGUGCCACCUCCUCCAGUCUGGUGGUCUCCAAGACCUCUGCCACAUCUAGCUCCAGAGUUUGGAGAACCAUUCUAGGAUCGGAACAGGAAACCAUAUCCUGAACAGGCCUGUGAGUCACAUCUUACGUUCAUUUUCUGGAUGUUUUCCUGACCCAUGAAGCCUCCUCCAUUCCAUCAGCCUAGUGCUUUCCCUAAUAAACUCUUUUGUGAUUA